AUGCCUUUGAGGUUGGAUUUAGGUGAGAUCGAACGACUUACAGAGUUGGUCUCGCAUCGAGAGCGGCUCAUACAAGCAGAGAAGGAGAAUAUUGGUACUCUUAUGGAAGGGAUAAGGAGGCAGAAAGAAGAUCUUGAUAAGUUGCUCAAACAUAACGCGUGUAAUCGGGCGCGGAUUGAAGCUGCCGACUCUGAUAUUUUACAGCUACGUCAAGAGGCUGCUGAGCUUGAGUCGGAGCUUAGGGCAGAGGAUCAUACUCUGCAGGACUUGAGGGAAAAGAAGAAUAAGAUGGAGCGCCGAUUCAGGCACGACCGACGAACCCUGAUAGCAUGCUCACGAUCAUAUGGUGUUAGUGCCGAGCGAGAGACAAGGGAGAAGCACAGAGAGUAUCAAGAGGAGCUCAUGGACCUGCAGAAUAAGAAUCGCGAAGCACGGAUAUUCCUAGCUGAUAGAGAGGCGAAAUUGGAGAGGAAUCGUCGUUGCAUUUCUGCCAGUGAGAUCGUGGCACUCUCUGAAGGCUCAGAUGAGAGCAAGGAGAA